AUCCGGCAUGCUUAACACUGUAUCAAUUUCGGUAUCGGAUUCGGAUCCUGAGGACCCGCCGGGACGGAUGCGGGUGCGGAUCCGAAGGAAGCGCCGGAACCCGCAUCUCCCAUUCAAGGAUGGCCUCCUCCGGCGAGCUCUCAGGAGAGCAGUGAGGUGGUGGCCGCUGUUGCUCUUCAUCCCGGCGAUCUCUCUGCUCAUCUUCGAGGCUUCCAGGCUCUUUGGGAAGCCCGCCGUGGAGCUGAGAUCGACCCCUACGUCCACCAUGGAGGAAGAGCCAGUGGGAAACCUAAAUCGGCUCGAUCCUGUCACAAGGGUCAUCCAUGGCGUGAGAGAGCCUUGCUUGAUGAUCCUUCAUCCUGAGGAAAUUCAGCAUUUGGAGUUCCCAAAAACUGCAGAACCUGACUUUCAUGUUAAGGAAGUGGUGUAUAAAUCUGAUUUGAGCACUUACCCAAGCAAUGGCACAAUACUAGCACAGUAUUCUGAAGCCACAAGAUUUAAUUUAUUCACUGGAGAACAAACACUUCAGGAGAGAGAAGAGAGUUUCAAGGCAAAUGAAAUUGCUGUAGUACAUUGUGGUUUCUAUAGUGAAAAGGGUGGAUUCAAGUUAUCAGAUGAUGACAAAAACUACAUGCAAACCUGCCAAGCAGUUGUAUCUACAUGUUCAUUUGGUGGUGGAGAUGAUCUCUAUCAACCUAUUGGAAUGACACAAGCAUCACUUGAAAAGGUUUGUUACGUGGCUUUCUGGGAUGAAAUCACUCGUGUAGCUCAGGAAGCAGAAGGAAGAAAGAUUGGUGACGACCAUAUGGUUGGAAAAUGGCGAAUUGUGCUUGUGCAUGAUCUUCCUUUCUCAGAUCAACGGUUGAACGGGAAAAUCCCCAAGAUGUUGAGCCAUCGCCUUUUCCCUCAAGCAAGAUAUUCCAUUUGGGUAGAUUCAAAGUCUCAGUUUCGAAGAGAUCCAUUAGGAGUUCUGGAGGCCCUUCUCUGGCGUACUAAUUCAGUCCUCGCGAUCUCUGAACAUGGAGCACGUAGUAGUUUGUAUGACGAGGCCAAGGCUGUAGUAAAGAAAAACAAAGCAACUCCACAAGAGGUGGAAGUCCAGAUUAGGCAAUAUCGGCUAGAUGGCAUGCCUGAUCAGAAACGGUUCAACGGCAAAAAAGCUCUAGCUGAAGCAUCCAUCAUCGUUAGAGAACACACUCCGUCGAUGAAUCUCUUCAUGUGUCUUUGGUUCAACGAAGUGGUUCGAUUCACAUCACGAGAUCAACUCAGCUUCCCCUACGUUUUCAGACGAUUAAACACGUCGGCGAUCAAUAUGUUUCCUGUAUGUACACGUAAAGAUCUUGUAAAUAGCAUGGGUCACAAACGCAAAGUGAAACCUCUUGUUAGAUCAACUGCAAAUUAAGUAUUACACUCAACCAAUUUCAAGAUAAAUUUGAUUUCUUUGAUUCAUGAACUAUUAUCAAGGGCUUCAUUAAUGGGAAUGGUUGCUUGCUUUGCAAA